UCCCCCGGCAGGCAGAGCCACCGCGGGCUCCAUUUUUUGUUGUUGUCCCCGUCGCCUCUUUUAGAAAAACUAAGCGGGUGGAUGAUCCCCGGUGAUGAUGAUGAUGAUGGAGGUGGAGGCGAGGAGGAGGCGGCAGCUAGCGAAGGAAGGCGGGGGAGUUCCCCUCCCUCCUUAAAAGCCGCUUCCGGCCCCGCUGCCAUAUUCCUUUUUUGGAAGGGGGAGGAGGAAAAAGAAACCGAGAGAGAGAGAGAGAGAGAAAUGAAAUACUGUAUAAAACAAGGCAGUCGAGGCUGACGGUGGUGGCAGCCGCUGCGUUUGGAGAGCGUAGCGCGUCGACGCCAGGGCGCCCGGUGCCACGGGGACGGGCCUAAGGAGUGGCGCUGGUGGCGACGAAGCUUUGGAUUCCUUGCUGGAUGCUUCUGCCGGAGAAGAGCUUGAGGGAUCUCUGGCGCGAGGUGGGGGCGGAGAGAGAGGAGACGGUGUCGGAGGCGCAGGCGGGCGUGUACCUCGGCUGCUGACCUCACUUCUCGAAAGCGCUCCAAGUUCACCAUCCCUCUCCAGCCAUUUGCUGAUCUCCAGCCUUCUGCGCACCGGGAAAGGUUGCUGUGGGGCAAAGGCAUCAGGAGACCGGCUCUGUAAAGGCGCACGCCUCUCUGGAAAGAGAGAGCGAGCGCGAGAGCGCGCUUCCGGCGCGCACACACACGCAUCCUCCCUCCCAUUCACUGGCUCGCUCCACACAAAGCGAGCGCCUUGGUUUCUCUUCCAUCGCGGCUCUUUCCAAGCUAUAUGUGCGAGAGGAACUCCGGAGCGCGCCGGCUGGCCAGCGCCUGAGCUCUCCGGGUCCUGCCUUUGCGCGCCGUCUAGCCUCCCGUCUGCGAUCCCGCCCCCCGCCCGCCUUUUUUUUUUUUAAUCGGAGCCAUCGAUUCAUUUGUUUGCUCCCUGCUUGGCCCCGCUGAAGAUCUGGCCGGUUCCCGUGGUUGGGAGGAGGAGACGGGGCGAAGGAAGGAAGCCAGGCGUCUCCAUCUGGCCCCCGUGAUUCUCUCUUGCCACCAGGAGACUUGAAAGAGAGAGGAAAUAAAGGGAAGAUUCCAGGAGAGCUGCGCUGAUUGAUUUGUCUGCCACCCUGUCCGCCACAGAAAGCUCUGUCAGGUGACAGCGUAUCUUGAAUCAUGGGGAGCAGUAAGAGCAAACCCAAAGACCCCAGUCAACGGAGGCGCAGUCUGGAAUCCACAGAAAAUAUCCAUGGUGGUUGCUCUGCCUCCCAGACACCCAGCAAAACCACAGUGUCAGAUACUCAUCGGACUCCCAGUCGUGUAUUUGGAACAACUACCACAGAACCAAAACUCUUUGGUGGCUCAAAUACAUCUGAUAUGGUUACCUCUCCUCAGCGCUGCGGGCCUCUGGCUGGUGGAGUCACCACCUUUGUGGCCCUCUAUGACUAUGAAUCACGAACAGAAUCAGACCUUUCUUUCAAGAAAGGGGAACGCCUCCAAAUCCUCAACAACACCAGCCAGAUUUGGUUCAGAUUCAAAUGGCUCCAAAGGGAAGGAGACUGGUGGCUGGCUCACUCGCUCACAACUGGCCAGAAAGGCUACAUCCCCAGUAACUAUGUUGCACCCUCAGACUCCAUCCAGGCUGAAGAGUGGUAUUUUGGCAAGAUAACCCGCCGAGAGUCAGAACGGUUACUACUCAAUCCAGAGAAUCCCCGGGGGACAUUCUUGGCAAGAGAGAGUGAGACAACAAAAGGUGCCUACUGCCUCUCUGUCUCAGAUUUUGACAAUGCCAAGGGACUCAACGUGAAGCAUUACAAGAUCCGCAAGCUGGACAACGGUGGCUUCUACAUCACUUCCCGCACACAGUUCAGCAGCCUUCAGCAACUGGUGGCCUAUUACUCCAAACAUGCAGAUGGCUUGUGUCAUCGUCUCACCAAUGUCUGCCCAACCAGCAAGCCUCAAACACAAGGUCUGGCAAAGGAUGCUUGGGAAAUCCCCCGGGAGUCGCUGCGGUUAGAGGUGAAGCUUGGGCAAGGCUGUUUUGGAGAAGUGUGGAUGGGGACCUGGAAUGGCACCACCAGGGUGGCAAUAAAGACUCUGAAACCUGGGACAAUGUCUCCAGAGGCAUUUCUGCAGGAGGCACAGGUCAUGAAGAAGCUGCGCCAUGAGAAGCUGGUGCAGCUCUAUGCUGUGGUUUCGGAGGAACCCAUUUAUAUUGUAACAGAAUACAUGUGUAAAGGGAGCCUCCUGGAUUUCUUGAAAGGGGAGAUGGGCAAGUACUUGAGGCUGCCCCAACUGGUAGAUAUGGCGGCUCAGAUUGCAUCUGGCAUGGCAUAUGUGGAGAGGAUGAACUACGUACACAGAGAUCUCCGAGCUGCCAACAUCCUUGUGGGGGAAAAUCUGGUGUGCAAGGUAGCUGACUUUGGACUGGCCCGGCUGAUUGAGGACAAUGAAUACACAGCAAGGCAAGGUGCUAAAUUCCCCAUUAAGUGGACUGCCCCAGAAGCUGCUCUCUAUGGCCGAUUCACCAUCAAGUCAGAUGUAUGGUCCUUUGGAAUACUGCUGACUGAACUGGCAACGAAGGGCCGAGUACCAUAUCCAGGUAUGGUGAACCGGGAAGUGCUUGAUCAAGUAGAGCGAGGCUACCGGAUGCCCUGCCCACCAGAAUGCCCAGAGUCUCUGCAUGAUCUGAUGUGUCAGUGCUGGAGGAAGGAUCCUGAGGAAAGGCCGACCUUUGAGUACCUUCAAGCUUUCUUGGAGGACUAUUUCACAUCAACAGAGCCUCAAUAUCAGCCAGGCGAGAACCUAUAGAUCUGGGAACAGAAUUCAGUGCCAAAGACUCUAUGCUGCUCCUACUGCAUAUGUGCUCAAGCGAGAGACUUUGAGCCAUACUUGAAACAUGUCUGGAGCACCUGCCAGGGUCUCUUCCUCAUUCUGCUGAUUUGCCCUUCCUUUUGAGGAUGGUACGGGGGGCCCUUUGUUAAACAAAUGUGGUGCCCUUGGCUGUUAUGGGUUACCUAAGGCCCCAAUAGGUCAUAAAUUAGCAGUGUCAUGGUUCUACUUUUUGAUAUGAAGUUGGCUACGGUGCAGAAAAACAGGGUUUCAGAAAAGCCAAGUUCUUCCAGAAGAGAAGAGGCCAAAUGAAAACCAGGGAUCCUAUUCCUGUGGGCCGCCUGCCCUCUGGAGUCUGCCCUCCCUCCAAACCAUCCUUCACAUCCAUCAGCAAGAACAUGGCAAUCCUGCGUCUGAUGGUGAUGAUGUGGGCUACUUCAUGGCUGCAUGGCUUCAAAGCACUUGGGUCAUCUCUGAUUGACUUAGUGGUGAUGCUACAGCAUUAUGCCUUUUCAAAUUCAUAUGGCUUCUGUUCUCCUUUAUAUCUGAAACCAGCACAGUUUCCCCUUUCCUUGUCCCAUCCAAACCCCACUGCGUGGAGUAGGACUGACUGCUUCACUCCAGGAAAAAAUGGCAGCCCACUUAUAUUUGGAACAUGUCACAUUUCCAUGUACUUAUGGUCCUCUUUUUUAUAUGUGUAUAUAUGUACAAUCUGCCACUGUUCUCUUCUGGGCCACUGAGGAUGUGUCACUGUCCACCCAGUCUUGUCUUGUGUGUGUGUGGUGCACUUGUUCUUAGCCAUAGAAGAAACAGGACUCAGGGUGCUGGGUUUGCAGUUCAGUUGUAGGGUUUCGUUCAUCUUUGCCUUGGAACAGCGAUAGCAAACAUGGUGCCCUCCAGAUUUUAUUGGACUAUGAUUCCCAUCAUCCCUGAUCAUUGACUGUAUUGGUUAGGACUGACAGGAGAUGUAGUCCAACAAUAUUAGGAGGGCACCACAUUGGUUACUUUGAUGUUGAAUUGAAGGAACUUCUUGAGGAGGUCAUACUCUGCAAUUGAUUAGGGAUUUUAAUUUUGAUGCUUGUGGUAGUGAUGGCUUGCACAUUUUUUAGAGCUGUGUUUGUUCUUGGACUGCAGGCUUGUCUUCCAGCCUAGCCUUUCAACCCUAAUAAAGUGAAAUUAUGAACAGAAAUGUCUUAGACUGGCAAGAAGGGAUAUACUCUACCUGGGUCGUAAGUCCCCUAAAUGCCAGCUGUUAGCCCAGGGAAUAAAAGUCUUCCACAUGGCAUUUUAAGAAUUCA